GGCGGGCAGCAGGAGGCCUCCUCGGGCGGCGGGCAGCGCCGUCGCCGGCUCCCGGCAGCCCAGCAUGGAGACCCUGGACAGUCCUACAGGGUCACAUGUUGAGUGGUGUAAACAGCUCAUAGCUGCUACAAUUUCUAGUCAGAUUUCAGGUUCAGUGACAUCAGAGAAUGUGUCCAGAGAGUACAAGGUUUUCAGGAGGCCUGAUAUAAGGAAUAUUCAUACAGCAAGACAAAGAUUGGCUCUAAGGGAUGGAAAUAAGCUGGCACAGAUGGAAGAAGCAUCACUUGUUCCAGGAGAAUCAAUUAAGGCCAUUGUGAAAGAUGUCAUGUAUAUCUGCCCAUUUAUGGGAGCAGUGAGCGGAACCCUGACAGUGACGGACUUUAAGAUGUACUUCAAAAAUGUAGAGAGGGACCCACACUUUGUCCUUGAUGUACCCCUUGGAGUGAUCAGCAGAGUUGAGAAGAUUGGAGCACAGAGCCACGGAGACAAUUCUUGCGGCAUAGAGAUCGUGUGCAAGGAUAUGAGGAACUUGCGACUUGCUUAUAAGCAGGAGGAACAGCGCAAACUUGGGAUAUUUGAGAACUUCGAUAAAUAUGCAUUUCCUCUUUCCAAUGGCCAGGCACUAUUUGCAUUCAGCUAUAAAGAAAAAUUUCCAGUUAAUGGCUGGAAAGGUUAUGAUCCAGUUGCUGAAUAUAAGAGACAGGGCUUGCCAAAUGAGAGCUGGAAAAUAUCCAAAAUAAACAGCAACUAUGAGCUCUGUGCCACCUACCCUGCAGUCAUUGUUGUGCCAACCAGUGUAAAAGAUGAUGACCUGUCGAAAGUGGCAGCCUUCCGAGCAAAAGGCAGAGUCCCCGUGUUAUCAUGGAUUCAUCCAGAAAGUCAGGCAACAAUUACCCGCUGCAGCCAGCCGCUGGUGGGCCCCAGUGACAAACGCUGCAAAGAGGAUGAAAAGUACCUGCAGACAAUAAUGGAUGCUAAUGCGCAGUCACACAAACUUGUCAUCUUUGAUGCCCGACAAAACAGUGUUGCUGAUACCAACAAGGCAAAGGGUGGAGGAUAUGAAAGUGAAAGUGCUUACCCAAAUGCAGAACUCAUGUUUCUGGAAAUCCACAACAUUCAUGUGAUGAGAGAGUCGCUGCGGAAGUUAAAGGAGAUUGUGUACCCUUCCAUUGAUGAGGCGCGGUGGCUGUCCAACGUGGACUCGACGCACUGGCUGGAAUAUAUAAGGAUGCUUCUUGCCGGGGCAGUAAGAAUCGCUGAUAAAAUAGAAUCUGGGAAGACCUCUGUGGUGGUGCACUGCAGUGAUGGCUGGGACCGAACAGCCCAGCUCACAUCGCUGGCCAUGCUGAUGCUGGACAGUUACUACCGGACCAUUAAAGGAUUCCAAGUUCUCAUAGAAAAGGAGUGGAUAAGCUUUGGACACAGAUUUGCACUGCGAGUGGGCCAUGGCGAUGGCAACCAUGCAGAUGCUGACCGAUCGCCCAUAUUCCUUCAGUUUAUCGAUUGUGUUUGGCAAAUGACAAGACAGUUUCCUUCAGCAUUCGAGUUUAAUGAACUGUUCUUGAUUACAAUUUUGGAUCACCUUUAUAGCUGUCUCUUUGGGACCUUUUUGUGCAACUGUGAGCAAGAGCGCUUCAAAGAGGAUAUACACACAAGGACUGUAUCUUUAUGGUCUUAUAUCAAUAGCCAGCUAGAUGAAUUUUCUAACCCCUUCUUUGUGAAUUAUGAAAACCACGUCUUAUAUCCUGUUGCUAGCCUGAGUCAUUUGGAGUUAUGGGUAAACUAUUACGUACGAUGGAAUCCACGGAUGAGGCCACAGAUGCCAAUACACCAAAAUCUCAAGGAGCUGCUGGCCGUUCGGGCUGAGCUGCAGAAGCGUGUAGAGGACCUGCAACGGGAGGUGGCCGCGCGCGCCGUCUCAUCAUCCUCUGAGCAGGGCUCUUCACCAUCGCAUUCGGCCACUCCAGUCCAUACCUCGGUCUGAUGGGCAAGCCACUAUCUCGGGCCACCCCAACCCUGCACAUCUCCCUGGGAGCUCGGGACAUGGCUGUGACUAUUAUGACGAGGCUUCCGGGGACCCACGGACCAUCUUCUGGGUGUAAGAGGCCCAGGGACUGUCCAUGUGGCUAGGUGACAGCACCCACCUUGGCCAAGUGCUUUCUGUCUUGUGAACAGCCCAGUACCCAUCAGCAGCCACGCCCACCAUGUGACACACCUUCCUCCUGCUCAGCCUCCUGGACAUCUCAUGCCCUUGCCAUCGGAGGUCACUCUCUGUCAAACAAAUCUUGCCAGCUGCGGGAACGCUCUCAGUGCUGUGCCACAGCUUGAAGACUGAUCUCAAAUGAAACAUCUGGGGAGAAGUGUACCAUCAGCCUUGUCUCCAGUUCCCGCUGUGUACAUAGAAGGUAUUUUUUAAAGAGAGAAACAGGCCUUUAUUUUCCUAUGUCCUUUUUUAUGUUUAGAGUAGUUGCCAGGAGAGGUGUCUGCUUCCUCUUCUGCUAGAGGAAGUCUUUCUGCUUGCCCUGCUGACAACUGUGGUACAUGUGAAGUGAGACUUGGACACAGUCACCUCUGUGGCAGCAUCUCACUGUUCUCAGCCUAGCUGAUACUUGCCUCCUGAAGUGGCCCUGGCUGUGGAUAGGCAUGCUCAGUGCUGGCCCUGCUGCGCAUAGCCUAGGACUCAGCAGUUUUGCACAGGUGCCCCUCCCUUGCCUGGGCAGAGUGGUAUUUCCUGUUCCCCACAGGGCCCCUCGCCCUGGGUUGCCCACAUGCCCACCUGGCCCUGUCAGUCAGAGAGCCUGGUGCGCUUCCCUUCUCAGGCCCAGCCUGGCUGGUCUCACCCCGCAGUUCUCGGUUCUACACCGCCAUGGUCCCCUUAGGAGUGAGGUCAUCGUGCACUCUUGGCCCAUCUCUGCAGGUCACCAGGACAUCACCACAGCACAGCACAAGGUCAGCUGCCUUAGAAGUUCAUAGGUCCCCCAGGACAGGUGCAUUGAUGUCACUGCCUCGGACCCAGUCAGGUUCUGGACACCACAUAGUCCUACACAUUAUUUUUGAAAAUAGAUUGUUCAGAAAAAUUUAUAUACCUGUCAAAUAGAUAGAGAAUAGGUGUUCUUUCAACUUGGAACCUUGUGAUUCUUACAGAAAAUUCUCCUUGUAUAAACUACCAGAAAGAAA